CACCGCAUUCCUAUCAAAUAUCUUCCCCUUUGUGUUUGAGUGUUUCUCUAUGGAAGCGAUUAACGCCGCCAUCACCACCGUCUUUAUGAAGCACCACCGGGCUUUUCAAGAGGAACCCGGGUAAACGAUUCCUCCACCGCUCUCCGCCGGAUGCCGUCGAGUCCCAUGUGAAGCCUUCGCCCGGUCACCUUCGCACCCUGUAGUUACAGGGCAAAGUCAUAGAGGUGCUUCCAUGGCGAAGGGUGGUUCACCACCACCAUCGAUGGCCAGUAUGAUAACUGGCUGGAAUAUUCACCACCACCAUCGGACAGUUACCUAUGUUCGGAUUGUCGAUGACCACUGCCCAGGGUGUUCGACGGAGGUUGUUUCUCUGGCGACUUGCCCAUUUCCAUUCCCGACUACCUCCAUAUUUCGGGUGUGCUUAAUUUGAGUUGGUGUUCUGCUACGAUUUCCAUGGAACCCUUCCAUUUCUUCAUCAUGUUUUUACUGUUGCAUCUCUAUAAUUUGCUAUUCAGAUGGUGUGCGUGUCACGCUGCUCGAUUCUUUUUUCAAGUUAAUCCUUUGUUGGAUUCUGAAGCGAAACCUGUAUAUGCUUUCAAAGAUGCGUCUAGAAUAUGGAGGGUAAUUUUGGAAACAUUUUUUUCCAGUAGAGAGGAGAUGUUGAAGUUUGACGACCUUAAGAAUGACAACCUAGCCACAAAAACACUUGACACUACUCAGGUUGCAAUGGAAACUCUUCCUCUACAGUUGGUUCAAUGUCAGUGA